UCGAUACUUACAGUCGCAUAACGGACGGCGGAAGAAAGUUGGCAACAGAGAUGUCCGAAAGUGUCUACACAUACGUUAAUGAUACCCUCGACAAACUCAGCGCCGAUGAGUUUAACAGAUUUAAGAGGAAACUGAGCGAACUGAAGAAAAUAGGUUAUGGUCUAAUCGAGAAAGCAGCUACAGUGGACCUUACGUGGGAAAUAGUUAACAGGUUCACAGAGGAGGGUGCCGUUGAGUGCGUUGUGGAUGUUUUAAACGCAAUUGAUCUGAAAAAAUUUGCCAAGGAAUUAGAAAAAGAGGCACAUACUUGUCAGACGGAUUCCCGCACAACGGAGGCCGAGGGGGCCGGGGCAAAAGACUUUAGGAAGGACAGGGGAGAAACAUCUGGACGCAAAUGCACGACGGCCGGUGUUGAGUUUGUGGACGACAACAAGGCAGAGCUCAUUCAGAGGAUCAAGCUGGUGGAGCCCUUGGCCGAAGCCCUAGGCGCCAUGAUUCCUGAUGAAGCUUACUCCAAAAUCCGGGCCGCCAGGACCAGUCAGGAAAAAAUGAGAGAGCUGUACAGUGCGCUUGAGGAAGGAGGACCGGUAGUAAAGGCUGCCUUCUACAGAGCACUGUGCAAACAGAACAAAUACCUGGUCGAACACCUGGGUGGACAUUAGGGGCGGUUACUGGGUAAACCCGGAGGGGGGGAGAAUAUUUCUCAGCCCUCAGUCGUCCUUGCCGUUCUCCCCCUUUCCUCUUUGUCUCUCCCUUCCCUCACUUUCCUCCCCUCCACUUUUUAAUUCGCUCACAUUCCUCUCUCCUCGUCUCAUCUCCUCUAGCCCCUCCCUGAUCUUUGGGCUGCUUUCUCCAGAGGGACCCCUAGCCAACAGACACGGCUCUGCUAGCCAAGUAUACCCCUGCUGGCUGACAUUUGCAUUACAUUUACAUUUACAUUUACAUACUUUUAUCCAAAGCGACUUACAAGUGAGGUAC